AUGCUUGGAAUAGCUAGUAUUGUGAAAAGGAUUUCGCAUUCCCUGCUAAUAAUAGCACCUAAUGAUGUAAAGGAUUAUUUGAACUAUUUUGACAUAAAUGUUAAUGAAAUGGAGGUCAGUGAGAACAUUUGCCUUGAUGGAAAAGUUGGGUUUAUUUCUACGAAUUUUUUAAAGGCCAAGGAGAGGGAAUUUUACAAGCGUUUUCGAUCUGAUAGUACCAGCUGGAACGACUAUGUUCAGAGAAUAAAGUUUGAAAAGUUUAAUAUUGUACUGUGUGGAUGCGAGCACUCAAAAACAUCGACUUCUAUAGGCGUAAUGGAUACAGUCACUGGAAAAAGUUUCUCAUAUAGUGGAGAUACGAUGCCAUCGCCUCUUUUUGCAUUUAUUUCACAGGAUUUUGAUGUGAUGAUACAUGAAUCAACAUUCGCGAAGGAUCAGAUAGACUUGGCGAGAAAAACAGGCCAUUCAACAAAUGAAGAAGCAAGGGAGAUAUUCAGAAUCUCAAAUAGCAGAACAUUACUACUAACGCACUUUUCUAACAGAAACGAAAUGAGCAGCAUUGCUGACGAUUGUGUAAGUGAUUUUUUCCGCUAUACGUUUAAAUAG